UCAAUACCAAAGAGCAUUUACCGUUCCUCUCUCUUGCCCCGUUACUCUCUAACCAGUAACAACCCCUCCUAUCCUAACGUUCCCGUUAGACCCUGGCAAAAAAACCUCCCUCACAAAAAAAGGAACAAAAAAUACAGAAGAAAUGAAAGCAAAACACAGUUUGAUUUUGUAAUUCUUGCCUCCUCUUGAAAAUCCCAGGUAAAUUUUCAAUCUUUACCUUUCAAUGAAACAAAAAAAAGCAGAUCUAGUUUCAGUCAAACUAUUGUCAUUGAAUUGAGCCCUAGAGAAGUCCAUUUUGGACAGGAAAACAUUUCCUCUUUUGUUCUUGUUCUCCUGUACUAUUUUUUUUCCUGUGUCCUACAUCGAUCAUCUUCCUCCCUCACCUUUCAGUUCCUGAAUCUCCCAUCAAAAGGGUUUCUCUUUCCAGCUAUGAUCUCCAAAACCCACAUUUUACUUUCUCUGAUCAUAUUAUCCUUCUCCUUAAACGCCAUUCAUGUUCUCAGCAAAGACACUGGCUCUGAAUCUUACAUCAUUGCUUGCGGCUCUUCGAGCGGUGGCACCGACUCCGACGGCCGCAGAUGGGUACCAGAUUCCCGGUUUCUAAAAUCCUCGGAGAAUUCAAAGACCGCGACGGCGCAAUACCAAGAUCCUUCUCUGCCUUCCCAAAUCCCGUACAUGUCUGCAAGAAUUUUCAACUCUGCAGCAUCCUACAAGUUCUUUGUUUCCCCACGACAGCGCCUACUGGUCAGGCUCCAUUUUUAUCCGUCUUCCUAUGACGGCCUCGAGGCUUCGAACUCGUAUUUCGACGUGAUCGCAAACGGGUUUUCACUCCUCCGCAAUUUCAGCGCCGCCAUUACAACCCAAGCUCUCACGCAGGCCUACAUCAUGAGAGAAUUCUCACUCGUUCCCGCCCAAUCCGGCAAUCUCAACAUAACAUUCGUACCCUCGUCGCAACAUGAUAAGUCCUAUGCUUUUGUCAAUGGCAUUGAGGUAAUUUCGAUGCCGGCCGAGAUGUUUCAGCCAGCGAACAUGAUCGGGUUUCAGGACCAAACCAUCGAUGUACAAAACUCUUCCCUUCAGACAAUGUUUAGGCUCAAUGUCGGUGGACAGUUUAUUCCGACAAGAAAUGAUUCGGGGCUGACAAGAACAUGGUACGACGAUUCGCCGUACUUGUUCGGUGCAGCAUUUGGAGUCACAUGUCAGGCUGAGAAAAAUGUUAGCAUAAAAUAUCCUAGUAAUUUGCCGGAGUACAUUGCUCCUCCCAACGUCUACGGCACUGCGCGAUCGAUGGGACCGAAUUCGAAAAUCAAUCAGAAUUACAAUCUCACAUGGGUUUUCACCGUUGAUGCAAAUUUCACAUAUGUUGUUAGGUUACAUUUCUGUGAGCUUCAACUCACCAGGAUCAAUCAGAGGGUGUUCGAUAUUUUUCUCAACAACCAAACAGCGCAGCAGACUGCGGACGUUAUUGCUUGGUCAGGGUCCAUAGGAGUGCCGGUUUACAAGGAUUAUGCAACUUUUGUUAAUGACAGAGAUGGUGACGAAGAAAUAUGGGUGGCAUUGCAUCCAUCUGUGUCCGAGAAACCAGAGUACUAUGAUUCGAUUCUUAAUGGUUUGGAGAUCUUUAAGCUCAAUGAUACGCGUGGGAAUUUAGCCGGUCCCAAUCCUGUGCCAUCUAAGAUGCUUCAAGACGCUGAGGCUGCUGCAGCAAGUACUUUUUCUCCCCCAGCAGGGUCCAAGAGCAAGGGUGAAGUAAUUGGAAUAGCUGGCGGGGCUGCUGGCGGCGCGGCUGUGGUUGCGGCAUUGUGCAUUGCUGUGUACAUAAAGAAGAAGAGAAAGAGUGGAAUGGAUCCCGGGAUGGGCAAUUGGUUGCCUCUUUAUGGUAACUCUAACACAUCAACUAUUUCGGGCAAGAGUAAUACAGGUAGCAGCCAUCUUUCGAGCCUGGCUGCAGGUCUUUGCAGGCAUUUCUCAUUGCCUGAGAUCAAACAUGGCACCAAGAAUUUCGACGAAUCUCAAGUUAUUGGGGUUGGAGGAUUUGGGAAGGUUUACAAGGGCAUUAUUGAUGGAGGCACCAAAGUGGCUAUUAAAAGAUCAAAUCCAUCUUCAGAGCAAGGUGUUCACGAGUUCCAAACGGAAAUCGAGAUGCUUUCAAAGCUCAGGCACAGGCAUUUAGUCUCUUUGAUUGGUUUUUGCGAAGAGGACGGCGAGAUGAUUCUGGUUUAUGAUUACAUGGCUAAUGGGACUCUAAGGGAGCAUUUGUACAAGAGCAAAAAUCCUUCCUUGUCAUGGAAGCAAAGGUUGGAAAUUUGCAUUGGAGCUGCUAGGGGACUGCAUUAUCUUCACACUGGUGCAAGAUACACCAUCAUCCACAGAGAUGUGAAAACCACAAACAUAUUGUUGGAUGAGAAUUGGGUAGCUAAAGUCUCUGACUUUGGGCUAUCAAAAACAGGUCCUAAUCUUCACCAAACCCAUGUGAGUACAAUGGUGAAGGGCAGCUUUGGGUACUUGGACCCCGAAUAUUUUCGGAGGCAACAAUUGACGGAAAAAUCUGAUGUUUACUCUUUUGGGGUAGUCUUGUUUGAGGUCUUGUGUGCAAGGCCGGCCCUCAAUGCUUCAUUGCCUAAGGAGCAAGUUAGUCUUGCAGAUUGGGCAAUACAUUGUCUAAAAAAGGGAAUUCUCUUCGAAAUUAUUGAUCCACAUCUCAAGUCAGGGCCGCCUAUUAAUCCUGAGUGCUUGAAAAAGUUUGCAGAGACAGCUGAGAAAUGCUUAGCUGAUCAUGGACUUGAACGCCCUUCAAUGGGGGACGUGCUUUGGAACCUUGAGUUUGCUCUUCAACUGCAUGAAAACCCUGAUGGAGAAGCAGUUGCUGCUCAAGAUAAAGCAAAUGAUGCUUAUGCUAUGCACAAUGCCACACUGACAAUUGAGGAAGAGACCGUUUCAAGUGAGGCUACGAUCGAUGACUUAAACACAAGUGCAGUUUUUUCACAAAUAGUGAAUCCAAGAGGAAGAUGAGACAGACUAUGCAUAUCGUUUACCACUUUUUUCCUAUGUUUUAUUUUGUCUAGGAAUUUUGUUUUGUAGGCUGUGUUCUAAUAUUAUAUAUUAUGCUUCUUCAAUUCA